AUGAAUAAUUCGACACUUUUUAAUAAAUCAGAGUCAGGAGACUUAUCAGAUGGAAAAAUAAAUGAAUGUUAUGUUCUUCUCAAAAAACGAUACGAUACCCUAUUUUACAAUUUAAAUGUUAAAAAGCAAGAUUUGGCAGAUAUUAGAAGAAGUUAUCAAACCGCACUCGGUGUAGAAAGUCAACUGAAUGCUGAUCUAGAAUCUUACCAAUUAGAAGAACAAAAACGUAAAAAUGAACUCCUUUCUCGAGUUGCAAUUCUUCAGGAAAAAAUAGCGUCGUUGAAAUCCGAAUGUUCAGAAAUAAAUGAACAAAAUAACGUUGAAAUUAAGAAAUUGUAUCAAGAAAAUUCUAUUCUCAGGGAAGAAAAACCCGUAACAUCUUAUCAAUUACCAGAAUGUGAUACCAAGGAAAUUGAUGAAAUUCGUAUAAAGUUGUCUUCUGCAACAACUGAUUCAGUAGUAGCUAAAGCUACCCUUGAGGAGUCCAAAUGCGAAAUUUCUUCAUGGCAAUCAAAAAUAGAAGAAUUAGUAUUAGAAAUAAGUGAAUUACGUGCAGGCACUGAUAUUUGUAGAGAGGAAAAAUAUGAAGCUAAGGAGAGAGAAGCUUUUGCCUUAGCUCAACUUGCAGCAGCCAAGGCAUUGCUUCAUCAAGUUCAUUCUGUUGAUCUAGAGCCUCAUGCCACAAAAGGAAAUUCAGUAUUUGCAGAAGUUGAAGACAAAAGACAGGAUAUGGCUAAAAAUCUUAUUCAAAUGAAACAAACAAAUGCAAGACUUCGUCGCGAUUUAGCUAAUAAACAAGCAGAGGCUGAAGCUCUUAUUCAUGAGAAGCAAACAAUUUGGAUCCAACAAGCUGGUGCUACCUCAGAAUAUGAUAGAGAACUUAUUGAAAGCUAUGAAGAUCGAAUUGCUAAGCUGGAAGCAAAAUGUGAAAAUCAGUGGAGUGAAAUAAAUCAAGGUUUAUCUAAGCUGUGUGAAUUUUCAUAUUGGCAACCUGGAAUUAUUGCUCAUUUAAAAACAGAACGGGAACGACUUCGCGCUGAGGUAUUGGCGAAAGGGGCUGCACAGUUGGCCAGUGCCGCGCAAAUUCGUGAACUGCGCAGAGUGGUGACCCUACAGACCAUAGAUACAAAUAAACAAUCGUCUCAACUGGAUUGGACAGACAAAAUUAUAAAUUCCACAGAUCGGAAAUACUUCAAAAGUGAUAUGAAAAAAAUUAAAUGA